UUCAAGCAGAGUUCUAAGCUUGUGAGACACCAGAGAACUCACACAGGAGAAAAACCAUAUCAGUGCCCGGAUUGUGGGAAAUGUUUCAGUCAGAGUUCCUGCCUGGUGAAACACAAGAGGACUCACACUGGGGAGAAACCCUUUGCAUGUCCUGUUUGUGGGAAAAGUUUCAGUCGAAAUUACAUCCUCGUGGAACACCAGACGACACACGCAGGAGAGAAACCGUAUAAAUGUCCUGUUUGUGGGAAAAGUUUCCAGCAGAAUUCUAAGCUUGUGAUACACCAGAGGAUUCACACGGGGGAGAAACCAUAUGAGUGUCCAGAUUGUGGGAAAGAUUUCAGUGUCAGGUCUAGCCUUAUAAAUCAUGUAAGGUUACACACAGGGGAGAAACCAUUCAAGUGUUCAGAUUGUGGGAAGUGUUUUGCACAAAAUUCCUCUCUUAUCGUACACAAGAAAGUACAUCUGAAGCAAAAUUUGGUGUGUGUAGAGGAAUCUUGAAUUUCAUUUCUCUUCAGUCUUUGGAAGCCCAGUUGAGAAAUUAACCAUUUAGUUUCUAGUUUUAUUAUUUUUAGUCAAACAUAUUUUGGUACCAAACAUGAUGGAGGAGAUCUGAGCUUCCUUUCUGUUGAGUUGUUUGGUUGUUCCUUUUCACAGUGUCCGGAGGAAUUGUUAUGCUGGGCCAGAGAAAAGGUGCUUAGAUCUCUGUUAGGUAUAUUUGCCACUUUUGAGUUAUUUCUACAUCUAAUUAAGGUGGGAUAUAGAUGUGUAUGUAUGUGUGUAUGUGUUUUUAUUAAGAAAUUGUGUAUGGCAACCCAAUGCAAUGUGACUUCAGAGAGCUUACAGCAAUAAAAUAGAGAAAGCAAUCAACAUAUAUAGCAAAUAGCAAAAUUCAAAGCCUUGACAUUUGGCAUACUCCCACACCAUUGGAUUCCCCACCAGACUGAGAAGGGCCCAGGUGUCUUUCCUCCUACACAGCCCUUCCUCUUGAUGGCAAACUCAGAGGUGCAAGCAGAGGGUGAGUUGUGGUCCUAAGCUGCCAGCCUUUCCUUGGCCUCUUCAGCUGCAAUUAGAAAAGAUCUGAAUCUGCAGUAAUGCCUUGAACGCCUCUGCCAGGAAAUCCUCUCAUGAUUUUAUUAUGCAUAGAAAACUGCUGUUGAAGGUAUAAAGUCUGCCAGGGUGCCAACUCACCCAAAAGGGGGAAAUUACACUUCCAGCUCUCUCUUGAGCCUGGAAAAGAAUAUCAGUGGUUCUCGGGUUGCAACAGCAAUUACUGCUAGUGUUGUCAACCCUGAAACAUUUUGGAAAUGGGUUUUUUUUGUAAUUUUUUUCUAUUUU